AUAAGUAUAAAUUGGUGGUCCAUAGUUCGCCACCAUUAUUCGUGUGUGAAGUGAAUUAUCGUAAAGUAAAAAAAAAUGUCUGGUCGUGGCAAGGGUGGAAAAGUGAAGGGAAAGGCAAAGUCCCGAUCGAAUCGUGCUGGUCUUCAGUUCCCCGUCGGACGUAUUCACCGUCUGCUCCGCAAAGGCAACUAUGCUGAACGCGUUGGUGCCGGCGCUCCUGUUUACCUGGCUGCCGUUAUGGAAUACCUGGCAGCUGAAGUUCUCGAGUUAGCUGGCAAUGCUGCCCGUGAUAACAAGAAGACUAGGAUUAUUCCCCGUCAUCUCCAGUUGGCUAUUCGCAAUGGUCUCUGGUGUCACCAUAGCUCAGGGUGGCGUGUUGCCCAACAUCCAGGCUGUGCUUUUGCCCAAGAAGACCGAGAAGAAGGCCUAAACGCUUAA